AUGCGUGCGCAGGCGGGGCCGGCGGGCGCGGCGCGCGUGCUGUGGCGCGCGUGGUGUGCGUCGGCGCGGCGCCGCUACCUGCUGGGGCUGUGGGUGCGGCUGCCAGCGCGCCACCUGUCGCCGGCGUGCGGCGCGUGGCCGGCGUGCCCGGCGCCGCGCCUGCUGGGCCGCGCGGACGCCGCGCUGCGCCGCCUGCACCACCGCUGGCGCUGCCGCCUCUACCGCGCCGCCUUCGACCAGACGGCACGCAACCGCAUGCGCGAGAAGGUCACCGCGAGUGUGCUCUUCAGGGAUCGCAAGGCGACGUACGCGCGCAGCGUGGCGCACCCGUUCGUGGGCGACUACGUGCGGCUGCGUGCGUCAGCGGCGUGGCGGCGCGGCGCGGGCGCGGCGGGCGACCGCUACGUGGUGUUUGCGGACGCCGUAGGCAAGGUGGCGCGCUCCAGCGGCCGCACGGCGCGCUGCCUCUGCGUGCUCAGCACGGCCGCGCUGCUGCUGCUGGACGCGCGCUCGCUGCGCCUCAAGCGCCGCGUGCCCGCGCACUGCGUCUACCGCCUCUCGCUCUCGCCCUACCACGACGACCUGCUCGUCGUGCACGUGCGCGCGUGCGCCGGGCUGGAGAGCUCAACGGAAGAACUAUCGCAGUGCUCGUCACGCGAUGCAGUCGAUGCGCCUGGUUGUCUUUUUGGGCAAUUCUGCCGCUUGGGGCCUGCAGCGGCUACUCACACUGGCGACGCGCAGGGCGAGUCGGCGCGGCGGCGCGGUGACCUGGUGCUGCGCACGUGCCACGUGCUAGAGCUCGCCACCAAGCUGUUCCUCGUUGUGCAGAACGCCGUGGGCGCACCGCCACACGUCAACAUUGCCACGCAAUUUGAGGCGAAUUUUGGGCAGCAGAUCGUAACGAUCUCUUUCCACGCGCUGGGCGGUAGCGAGGCUGGUGGGGCCCGGCUGCUGCGGCGCGGCAGCCGGAUGGACGUGCUGCUGUGA